AGUCAAUGCUACGCAUUUCCAUGCAUAGCGUAUAAUACAUCAAAGAGAAUACCACAAAAGCCGAGGCCGCCACCUCCACCUUCCUCCACAUGCCUUAGGAAAGGUUUAAGCCUGCUGAGAUAUGUCAGGCAUAGUCUCUACCAAUACGACACAAACGGGCGGUCUCGGCGGUGCCGAGCCGACACAGUUUUACCUUGGAAGCUUAUAAUAAGCUCUCCACCCACCUGACCUGCCUCUCAGGUCAGAGCACGGAUGCUAACCCCGCAACCGUACCAACCCAGCUCAUCAGUAUAAAUCCUCAAAGAAGCCCGAGCCCUCAGAUUCUCCGACCAAGACUCUGUCCAUGUCUUGAAAGAAGAGAAACCUAUCUCGGCUAAUUGGUGAUGAUGUUCAAGCAAGUCACAUCGAUGUCUGGCGAGGAGGUCACAGAGGAUAUGCUCGAACAGGCAACCACUCUGUUUAGUAACAACUAUGGUGUUUGGGGCGCAUUUCCAACUGGCCAACAGGCAAGAAGAACAGGAAAUCGUGUUAAAAUAAGUGCCGCACGCCUUCGAGCCCAAUGCCUUCCUGUCCAUUCCAAUACUGCAUACGCUCAGGUCACUAUCGGUGGUGAACUGGCUGGUCACGCUUUCGCCUGUCGUUGGACACACCUAGGCCGUCAAGUGUUAUGGAUCACCCAGCUCGUCGUCCACCGAAAAUACAGAGAACGCCGCCUCGCAACUACCCUACUCCUCAGUCUGUUCGACGAGAAGGAUGAAGUUUUCGGGAUCAUGAGCUCUCACCCCGCUGCAUGCAAGGCCCUCGUGAAGGCAUUCGGAGAUCUGUCACUCGCAAAUACUUCACUCGACUUCGCUCGCAACCAUGCGGCCGGUGUCAUAUCACAGUCCCCUAUCGGCUACAUCAGAGAUGCAGAAAUAGUUGGUCGACUUUUCCACCCCGAAGAUAACAGUGGAAUGGUCGUAGGUGCGAAUUCGCAAUUUUUCGUGGACCACGCAGAGCCACUAGAAGCUCUUUCUGUACUUCAAGAGGAGGAGCAGUGGCCGCUGGGUCAGCUACCGGAUGGGCACGAGUUUCUGUUCAUUUUCGAAAGGGAACCACUUCGACGCUCUCGGUCUUCGUCUUCUCGCCGAAGUCCUGGGCGACAUUGACCGACCCCCUGAAUGAGGUUCACAUAGUGCUUACUUUAUUUAGAAUGUCCUUGUAAACAUAUGUCCCAAUGUCAGGAAUGAAGAAUUGAGGCUCUCGUUUCUUCAGGAAACGGUUCGCCGUGGUUCUCAGCCUCGCCGCUCCCAACUUAUCACCUAAGCAAAAACGACACCAACAUAGGUGGAG